AUGUCGGACGCUUUGACGAACCCCAAGCUUGACGCCACAUCUCAGAAAGAACUCGAGCAGUUCCUCGAGACCGAGCAGGCGCAAGCCCGGGUCCAAAGUCAGAUCCACACCCUCACUGGUCUCUGCUGGGACAAAUGUGUCGGUUCCAUCUCGUCUAGCUUCUCGUCAAAGGAGCAGACCUGUCUGGAAAACUGCGUCGGCCGCUUCUUCGACGCGAGCGACUACCUCAUUAGGAGGGUCGAGCAGCAACGCGCUGCGGCUGGCGUGUUGACAGAGUAG